AUGGCAAACGCUCAAGAAAAUCUACCGACUGCCCAAUCAGCACUACAAUGGGUUCGGGUAGGUAAUGCAAAACAAUUCGAAUUCACAAAAUCAGCACCGGUAAUCAAACCAUCGGAAAUAGGUGAUAAUCAAGUUUUAAUCGAAAAUCAUGCUGUUUCUCUCAAUCCAGUUGAUUAUAAGAUGGCGACAGUCAACUUUGCCAACGUUAAAUUGCCAGCAGUUACAGGUUACGACGUCAGUGGUCGAGUCGUUGCUGUUGGAAAAGAUGUACAAAGUUUCAAGGUUGGCGAUGAAGUUUUCGGAUUGUUAAAUCUCGAUUCGAGUAAUGGUGGCGGAGCACUUCAACAAUAUUCUGUUGGAGAAGCCGAGGCACUAGCGAAGAAACCAGUCAGUAUUAGCCACGAAGAUGCAUCAACGCUUGGCGUAGCAUUUUUAUCCGCUAUGGAUGGUCUGCGUCAAGUGAAUAUCGAUUCGACCACCUCUGUUUUUAUUCCUGGUGGUUCAGGUGGUGUCGGCCAUUUUAGUGUGCAAAUUGCUCAAAUUCGCGGUGCCAAACAAGUGAUUACAUCAGCAUCGAAGGAUGAUGGCAUAAAGAUACUCAAGGAGCAAUACAAAGUCAACGAUGUUAUUAAUCAUGGCAAAGAAAAUGUGGUCGAUCGGGUGCUUGAACUAACAGAAGGACAAGGCGUCAAUGUUGUUUACGAUUCAACUUAUCUUCCAUCGAGUUUUGAAAAAUCAACUCGAGUAGUUAAGGAAGGUGGUUCAUGGAUUGUUCUUGGCCGUUUUGGGCAAGAAGGUAGCGCAGAAGCGAACAAUGUUGCUGAACGAAAAGCUAAUCUUGUCCAUGCGGAUAUCGCACGUUAUUGGUUCGGACCUGAACGUGCGCAAUUGACAACACUUGUUCACGAUGCAUUACUUCAAGGAGCAAAAUGGAUGGAAGAUGGAAAAUUAAAACCGUAUAUAAAUAAGGUAAUUAAACUUGAAGACGCAGAAAAUGCUCUUCAUGAUAUUAUGCAAGGAAAAGGUGGCUUUGGAAAGAUUGUAGUGAAGAUUUUAUAG